AUGGUCCCAAAUGAAAGUCAUCUGUAUAUGGGGAUUAUCCAUUUGCUUAAGCACUUCCAAUGGACUUGGAUUGGACUCUUCAUACUGGAAGGUGACAGUGGAGAAUCUUUUUUGAAAGUCCUGAAGCCAUUGCUUUCUCAGAAUAACAUCUGCUCACCCUUCACAGAAAGAAUCCCCAACCAAAGUCUUCUGCUCACCUUUGAAAACCUACAGCAGUUGGCUUGGAAAACAUCUCUACGUUUGCAGGACAUGAAAACCCGAGCAUGGUUAAUUUAUGGUGAGACUCUAACUAUUAUGCGGCUGAGCAUGUUGGUUGCCAUGGCAAGUUCAGAUUUUCAAGAUAAUGCAUAUUUUGGAAGAAUAUGGAUUACAACAGCUCAAAUUGAUUUUGCUGUGACUAGUUUCUUACCACGAGAAAAUAUUGAUUUCUUCCAUGGCACUAUUUCCUUCUCAAUUCACUCAAGGGAAUGUGCACAGUUUCAAACAUUCCUUCAAAAUGUAAAACCACACUGGGACCAAAGUGACAAUUUCCUCAAGGACUUUUGGGAGCAAACCUUUGACUGUUCUUUUCCAGAUUCCAGCAUGCUACCAAAAAAGGAUGGAACAUGUACUGGGGAUGAGCAGCUAAGGAGCCUUCCUGAACUUGUGUUUGAAAUGGACCUGACUGGUCACAGCUACAGCAUCUACAAUGCUGUCUCUGCCAUAGCACAUGCUUUGCACACCAGGGUUUCCUCUAGAUCCAAAUACAGAUUGGGAAAAGUUGAGGCUUGGCAGCUGCACCCAUUUCUUCAGGAAAUUUCAUUUAACAACUCUGUGGGAGAAGAAGUGUCCUUUAAUGAAAACAAAGAAACAAUUACUGAAUUUGAUAUAAUAAACAUAAUUGUAUUUUCAAACAUGUCUUUCCAUAGAGUCAAAAUUGGAAUGGUGGAUCACAAGGUGCUAGGAGGAAACCAACUCAUUAUUAAUAAAAAUAUAAUUGAGUGGCACAGGAGUUUUAACCAGGUGACUCCUGUUUCUGUGUGUAGCGAUUCCUGCCAUUCUGGUGAACAAAAAAAGAAGAAGGAAGGAGCAAUGUUUUGUUGCUAUGACUGUGCUCCAUGUGCGGAAGGAAAGAUUUCAACCCAAAGAGAUAUGGAUGACUGCCAUGAAUGUCCAGAAGAUCAAUACCCUCGCAAAGAGCAAGAUGGCUGUAUGUUCAAAACAAUAAGCUUUUUGGCACUGGAAGAACCUUUAGGGGUCAUUCUAGUUUCAUUUGCUCUUUGCUUUUCAGUAACCACAGUCUGGGUGCUUGGACUAUUUAUUAAGUAUAGACACACACCCAUUGUCAAAGCAAAUAACCAGGAUCUCACUUAUAUUCUUCUUAUCUCCCUCCUACUGUGUUUUCUUUCUUCUUUGAUGUUUCUUGGACAACCAGGAAAAGUGACCUGCUUUCUCCAACAAUCUAUCUUUGGCAUCAUUUUUUCAAUGGCCAUUUCUUCUGUGUUGGCCAAAACCAUAACUGUAAUUGCAGCUUUCAUGGCCACCAAGCCAGGAUCUAAGAUGAGGAAAUGGUUAGGGAAAAGACUGGCAUUCUCCAUUGUCUUUUCCUGCUCUUUGAUUCAAGUAAGCAUUUGUGCCUUCUGGCUAGGAAUGUUUCCCCCAUUUCCUGAUCUGGACAAACACUCAGAGGCAACAGAGAUCUUAGCAGAAUGCAUUUCAGGUUCUCCCAUCAUGUUUUACCUUGUCUUGGGCUACAUGGGAUUUCUUUCCAUCGUCAGCUUCAUAGUGGCCUUUCUAGCAAGGAAGUUGCCAGACACAUUCAAUGAAGCCAAGUUCAUCACUUUUAGUAUGCUGAUAUUUUGUAGUGUUUGGUUGUCUUUUGUUCCCAGCUAUUUGAGUACCAAAGGAAAGUAUAUGGUAGCUGUGGAGAUCUUCUCCAUUUUAGCUUCCAGUGCUGGCUUACUUGGCUGUAUCUUCUCUCCCAAAUGCUACAUUAUUGUGCUAAGGCCUGAACUGAACAAAAAUGAGCAUCAACAUAGAAAGCAUUUUCUAGGGAUCCCAGAUAAAAAUAAUCUUGAAGAAGGUGUUAAGCUGGGGAUGAUGCUUGACACAUGA